AUGUACAAUCUGAAUAAGUAGAUUUUUUACCGAAAAUCUAGCUAUGCAUUAUUAGAUAUUGGAUUUAGUAAAGUCAAUUAUCCUGCAAAAUAUGAUGAUACUAAUCCAAUUAAAAUCUACUUAAAGUUUUUAAACAAAUGCAAUAAUUUAAAAUAAAUUUUGCAGAAUCAACCAGCAAAUAUGAAUGAUAUCGGCUGUACUCAACUUAGACUAAGCAAAUUGUUUAGCAUCAUCUCGCUGAACUGGAGAAAGAUGUUGGUAUUCAUCUAACUGUUUUUCUACUCUUGGAAAAGACGAAAAAGACAGAUAGAUUGA